UACCAAAAAUGGCAGCACUCGGUACAGCACGGUGCUUGUUUCGGAGCUACUCUCGGGUGAAAAAUGUGCAGAGGAGCAAACAAAUGUUGAUGAGGUGUGGCGUGAGGACGUUUUGUAGUGAAACACAACAUACAGCUCCCACAGAUCAUGCAAAGCCCCAGUUCACCGAUUCAGCUGUGCAGGACAUCCUCACCAGGAUUACAGGCCUGGACCUGCAGAAAGUAUACCGACCCAUUAAACAGGAGCUCAAGCCGCCCACAUAUAAACUCAUGACAGAUGAACAACUGGAGCAGGCGGUUGAGUUUGCCACAGUGCAAGCUAAAAAGCUGCUGCAGAUGCCCCCCAUCCUGCCAGAGAGGAAGCCCAUUAAUGAUGUGCUGUGUGAGGAUAAGAUCCUGGAUGGCAUGGACACAGCCAAAUAUGCCUUCACAGACAUCACCUAUAAUAUCCCACACAGGGAGAGGUUUAUAGUUGUACGGGAACCUAAUGGAACCCUUAGGAAGGCCACUUGGGAGGAGAGAGACCGACUUAUUCAGGUCUACUUCCCUAAGGAGGGACGCAAGCUCACAGCACCACUGAUAUUCAAAGAGGAGAACCUCGGGAUGGUGUUUUCCCAGGACCGUCAUGAGGAUGUGUUGGACUUGUGCCUCAUCCAGUUUGAACCAGACUCUUCAGAAUACAUCAGGGUACACACGGCCACAUAUGAGGACUUGGACAAGCAUGGCAAAUAUGAUCUGCUGCGCUCCACAAGACACUUUGGAGGCAUGGCCUGGUACUUGGUCAGUGCUCGUAGGGUGGAUGGGCUCAUUGUGGACAUGCUAAAGAGAGAGUUGCUCCAGGAUGCUAUAAGCCUUGUGUCUCUGUUCCACAUGGUCCACCCCCAUAGUGAGUCAGCCCAGGAAGCUGCCAGCCAACAGGCCACAGGCUCUGACCUGCUUAAGAUCUAUGCCCAGAGGGAGUCCCAAAGGUCAGGCUACAUCGAGCUGGCUCUGCAGGCCUACGAACAGACUGCUGUUGAAGGCUCUGCUUCAUGAUUGGUCUACACCUCAGUAGAAAUAUAUAGAAAUUCACCCAAAAUGAGAAAUAGUAUCCACAAUGACUGAAAAUUCUGCCUCUCGUAUGUAAAACACGAGUUUGUGUUGUUUCCUUGUGUGGGCCCAAGAGUAAAAUCCACUUCGCGAAAGGAAAGCUUUUCACAUCACAGCAAACAAUUUGAUGAGUUGACAUUGAAACAGCUUGUAAGAUGUUUUAAAAUUCAAAAUGUUUGUUUCUUAUGGAGAGAAAUUACAUGUGUAGUUCUUUGAGUGAAGCUUUGUGUCAACUUAUGUAAAUAAAAUGAAUACAAACUU